AUGCUCAACUUGAACUCUCCCGUCCCUGCGGACAACGAAUCGCCCGGCAUCGCUGCUACUGAUCCCGUGUGGAAGGUCCUGAUCUACGACCAGCUCGGCCAAGACAUCAUCUCUCCGCUCAUCAAAGUCAGCGAUCUCCGCGAGAACGGCGUCACUGUCCAUAUGCCGUUGUUUAGCGAUCGUCAGCCGAUUCCGGAUGUCCCAGCGAUCUACUUUCUCCAACCGACCGAGGAAAACGUUCGGCGUCUUGGCGAAGACUUUGCCAAGCAUCUGUACGAGUAUUACUAUAUCAACUUUUCCUCAAGUCUGCCUCGUCCGCUGCUCGAGGAGCUUGCCCAAGCAGCAGUGAACGCCAAUGUUGCCCCACAAAUCUCACAGGUCUACGAUCAAUAUCUCAACUAUGUUUGUCUGGAGAGCAAUCUGUUCACCCUCAACAUGGGCGAGUCCUAUCGCCUUCUAAAUGACCCCACAACAUCGGAUUCGCAGAUCGAGCGGAUGGUCGAUACCAUAUCCAGCUCGCUGUUCUCGGUCCUGGUCACCCGGGAUGUCAUCCCCAUCAUACGCUGUCAAAGGGGCACGGCGGCCGAGAUGGUGGCCGCAAAGCUCGACAGCCGGUUGCGCGACCAUGCUCUGAACUCGCGCAGCCAUGUCUCUCUCGAUUCGGGGUCGUCCCAGCUCAGCAACCUCACACGGCCUGUGCUGAUUCUCCUCGACCGCAACAUGGAUAUGUCGACCAUGCUGACGCACACCUGGACAUAUGCGCCGCUGCUCCAUGACCUGCUUGACAUGAAGCUGAAUCGCAUCGUCCUGACCACGGCAAGUAUGGGGCCAACCGGAAAGACGCUGCAAAAGAAGGUGGACAUCGAUGUCGGUGACUUUUUCUGGGCUAAACACGCAGCAAACCCAUUCCCAACCGUCGCAGAGGACGUCGAUGUGGAAAUCAACAAAUACAAAAAGGACGUGGAGGAGCUGACCCACGGCAACGGAACCCUCGAGGACAUUGAUCCAAACAACCUUGGUGCUACUCAGGACCUCAAGGCAGCCAUCUCUGCCCUUCCGAAGCUGACGGAGCGCAAGCGUAUUCUGGAUCUCCACACCGAAGUGGCCACUGCGUUGUUCAAGCUGAUUGAGCAGCGGCAGCUGGAUGUGUUCUUCUCGAUGGAGGAAUACAUCGGCAAGCAGGCAAGUUACGAAUGUCCCACCAAGACCACGAUUCUGGACACCAUCAAGGACCUGAACAAAUCGGCAGAGGACAAGCUGCGGCUGUUUUUGAUCUACUAUCUCUAUGUCGAUGAUAUCUCCAAGGAAGACAUGGCCGAGUUCGAGCAGGCCCUCCAAGGCGCCGGCUGUGGGCUGGAUGCCGUGCAGUACGUCAAAAAGGUCCGCUCUUUCAACAAAAUGACCGCAGCAUCCUCUAGCGUUGCGACCCCCUCGACUUCGAGUGAUAUCUUUGGCAAAAUCACCUCGAUCGGUCAGCGUGUGAUCAAGGACGCCGGCGUUGGAGGAGGACUCGAGAACCUGCUCUCGGGCGUCAAGAGUCUUCCCAAUCUUCUCCCAUCUCGCAAGAACAUCCCCGCGAUCCGUAUCGUGGAUGGACUCAUGGAGGGAACCGGGCCUGAACACGACGAGUAUCUCUAUUUCGACCCCAAGGCCGGACGAGGUGCUGGCGGCGGCCGACCGCCCAAGAGUACAGUCGGCUUCCAGGAGGCUGUCGUGUUUGUCAUUGGCGGCGGCAACUAUCUCGAGUACGGCAGUUUGUUGGAAUACUCACAGGUGAGCCCAGCCCACAAGUGCCCCAGGGGCAUCGAAGGAUGUGCUUAUCGACGAGUGCGGAUCAGUUGCCAAAGGGAAUGGUGGGGUGGGUGGCUGCAGUGGAUGCGCUUUGCCUCGCGAUGGCAAUCGGUCUUGUUAUCGGUCUUGCUAUCGCCAUGA